GGUCCAUUUCCGGGCUCCGGAUAUUUGGUAUCGGUCGGGGCCCGGGGCGCGGGAGCAGGUGGCUGCGGCGGGGUGGCUGGGCAGCCAGCCUGGGGCGCUGGGCCGGGUCUCCGGUCGCCUUUGUCGCCAGCCCUUCCGCGGAGGUCGCUCCUCCCCCCGGUCGGCGCGCUGCCGGCCGGACUUUGCGCCGCGUCGGGCGCUGCCGCUGCGCGCGGGGCCGCGCUUGUGGCCAGCGGCGGCAAGGUAGAGGGCUGGGAAGAGGGCGGCGAGGGCCGGCCAGGACCCCGGCCCAACAUGGCUGAAGUCACCAUCGACCAGUCCAAGCUGCCGGGAGUCAAGGAAGUGUGCCGAGACUUUGCUGUCUUAGAGGACCACACCCUGGCCCACAGCCUGCAGGAACAAGAAAUCGAGCAUCAUUUGGCAUCGAACAUUCAGCGGAACCGCUUGGUCCAACAUGAUCUCCAGGUGGCUAAGCAGCUUCAGGAGGAAGAUCUGAAAGCUCAGGCUCAGCUCCAGAAGCGCUACAAAGACCUUGAACAACAAGACUGUGAAAUUGCUCAGGAAAUCCAGGAGAAGCUGACUAUCGAGGCAGAGAGACGACGCAUUCAGGAGAAGAAGGAUGAGGACAUAGCUCGCCUUUUGCAAGAAAAGGAGUUACAGGAAGAGAAAAAGCGGAAGAAACACUUUCCAGAAUCCUCUGGAUCCAGUGUUUAUGGAGAUAGUUACUAUUACGAAAAUGGAGACCAGCCACAGUCAAGGAGGGCAAGGGAAUUGGGUUCUGGAGUCUCAAGGUCAUGUAGACUCCAAAGUGAUGGAAACACUGUGAAGCAAAGGAACAAGAAACCCAAACAUCCAGUGGAGAAGUCGGAAGAACUAGAAGAUCAUUGUUCAUCAGGGAAAUGUCUGUCAUCCUAUAGCUUGGGCAAAGUGAGGGCCAGUUCCCAAAUUGACACUGAGCAGCGUGAAAGGAAACGGUCUGAUCAUGAGAGACUUCGGAGACCUCCACUUCCCAAGAUCAGUGGUGAGGUAUUUCUGAGUACUGGAUUUGAUGAUGGGGAGGCUAACAGUAUCCAUCGAACUUGGAAUUGGGAAAAGCAGUCCAGACACCAAGGCCAACUUUCACCCAAGUCUUCACAGAAAGCAGGGCUUCAUUGCAAGGAAGCUGUUUAUGGGAGGGACCAUGGGAAAGGUGAGCACAGACAAAGGAAACACAGGCCCAGGACUUCUCCCUUCUCAGAGAGUGAGGAACAGCUCCAGCUCCAUGACACAGGAAUGAAGCCAAGAGGGAUGAAAGAAGCUGUCUCUACUCCCUCACGAGUGGCCCACAGAGAUCAGGAAUGGUAUGAUGCUGAAAUUGCCAGAAAACUGCAAGAAGAAGAAAUUUUGGCUACCCAGGUGGACAUGAGAGCAGCUCAAGUAGCCCAGGAUGAGGAAAUCGCUAGACUUCUCAUGGCUGAAGAAAAGAAAGCUUAUAAGAAGGCCAAGGAGCGGGAGAAAUCAUCUUUGGACAAAAGGAAGCACGACCCUGAUUGGAAGCCAAAAACAACUAAAUCGGCACACUCAAAGUCGAAAGAGAGUGAUGACCCUCACCGUUCUAAGAAUGACAGGCCAGCACGGCCACCACCACCUAUCAUGACGGAUGCUGAAGAUUUGGAUUACACUCAUUUUACAAACCAGCAUAAUUCCACGCGUCAUUUCUCAAAAUCAGAAUCCUCUCAUAAAGGUUUCCAUCAUAAGCAGUAAAACCCUAGGAAUCUGCCUUGAGACGGACUCACUGUAGCAAACAUUACUGGAUGAUACAGAAUGCAUUCCACACUCAUUUUUUUCCUCCUGUGUUUGUAUUCCUGGGAUUUAUCUUCAAGUGUUCUGACCAUAAAUAAUUUUAAUUCGUUUAAAAUGUUUGGUUAUUCCUGAUCACUUGGGCAGUACAGGAAAAUCUAGCUUCUGAAUAUUGGCCACCUCUCUGCUACAUAUGCUUCCUGGGAUAUAAUAUCUAAAAGCUCUGUGAAAUGUCAUUUUUGUUAGGUAUGGAGUACUGGUAUCUAGAGACUAGGCUUUAUUUAGCAGUUAGAAUUUUGUGGAGAUUAUGAUCAGAAUAAAACAUAAUGUCUGGAAGCAAUACAGAAUAAAAGAAUAUAAGAAAUAGCUUUUUUCGUGCAUUAGUGUAUGGUAUAUUAAAGAACCUUUUGCUUUUUGAUUCUUCAGGAAAAUUAAAAAAAAAAAUUGCAACCAUAAAGUAUUAAAAAAAAAAAAAAAGAAAGAAAGAAAGAAAACCUGGAACAGUUGGAACAUGUUAUGUUGACCACCAGGACUGGUAGCAGUUUUGUAUAUCCUUAUAAGCUGUCCUGGGAGAAUUGACCCAGAUGUCAUUCUCUGACACUUUCCCUCUGCUUCUGCUUAAUAGCAAGUCUUUAUGAGGCCUCUGGGCAUUGGGCUAUUUAUUAGUAUUUAUUGGCAAAAGUUUAAUUCUAUGAAAUAUUAACUCAGGUCUGUGCAAAGUCAGCUGAAAGUGAAAAAGUAAAAAAAAGGGUUGUAUCCCUUCUCUUCUUUUACAUUUACAUAUAGAGCCAAGUUAAGUAGAAUUGGAAAGGUGUUUAUGUAAGUGGUGAUGCUGUCAUUCUCUCUGGACAUAGAUUGAUAAGUUUUUCCAUUUGCUUAAAAAACAAUGGUAUUUGUUGGCAACCACUCAAAGAGUAUUUUAUCUAUCAGUCAGUAGUCAGAUUAACUCAACAUGAAGUUGAAGUGGAUACAGUGAUUCUUUAUCCAGGUAUUUAGCUCCACAUAUUCGGUAGUGAUUCAUGGCAUUGGAUUCCUUCGUACAGGACCUUUAAAGCCGCCUUUGAGAAACCUAGUCUUUGUCCAGCUUCUAACCUUGUGGAAAUGCUUAUUUUCCCAUACUAGUUAGUUAAUAUAAAUGGCAAUCAUGGUGUGUGUAUAUAUAUAUAUAU